GCACUGAGAGGCUAAAACUGUACUAUCUCAGUCAGAGCAUCUCUUGAGCGCACGGUAACUGUGUAUUAGGGCAGUGUUGGAGCCGACAGGAGACAGAAAAUAAUUCCAAGAGGAGAAUUUAUAUUAAUACUGGUAAUUUACACACAUCUGGAUAAACUGCAGUUUUCCACACGGGAAAGAAGUGAGACAAAAACCCAUCUCAGUGAUACUAGAAGGAAGAGAGAAGAAUAUGAUUCUCAAGCAGCAUUUACUCCUUACCCUCUACAGCUUCUGUGGGAUUCUUCUAAAAGUGGCUGUUUCAAAAAGCAAAGUGAAAGGCAGCCAGGGGAGCUUUCCCAUUACUCAGAAUGUGACAGUUGUUGAAGGAGGAACUGCAAACCUGACCUGCAGGGUAGAUCACAAUGACAACACCUCCCUCCAGUGGUCAAACCCAGCUCAACAAACUCUUUAUUUUGGUGAUAAAAAAGCGCUGAGGAACAACCGGAUUGAACUGGUUCGAUUUUCAUGGCACGAGCUGAUCAUCAGCAUCACUGAUGUGACUCUGUCAGACGAAGGACAGUACACUUGCUCUGUCUUUACUAUGCCUGUCAAGACAUCUAAGUCCUUCCUCACUGUUCUAGGAGUCCCUGAAAAACCAGAGAUUGCUGGUUUUACGAAACCUGCCUUGGAGAAAGACACAAUCACACUCACCUGCAAUACCUCAGGCAGCAAGCCAGCAGCUGAUAUUCGCUGGUUCAAGAAUGACAAAGAGAUUAAAGGUGUAAAGGAAGUGAAUGCCAGUGGAAAGACCUUCACGGUUAAAAGUACCCUGGAGCUAAAAGUGGACCGGAAUGAUGAUGGAAUCACAAUCACCUGCAGAGUUGACCAUGAAUCUCUUAGCUCAGCACCACAGCUUGCUACACAGGUUCUUCAAGUUCAUUAUGCUCCUAUUGUGAAGAUCAUACCACCCACAGAAUUGCCACAAGAAGGGCACUAUUUAACAUUGGAAUGUGACUUCAACGGGAAUCCCAUUCCUGAACCAGUUAUAUGGACAAAGGAUGGUGGGGAAUUACCGGAUCCUGACAGAAUGACUGUCAAUGGAAGGGAGCUGACAAUUGCUUUUCUAAACAAGACUGACAAUGGGACUUACCGGUGUGAAGCCAGCAAUAGCAUUGGGCAGGACAGUGCAGAAUACCUACUGUUUGUGUGUGAUUUUCCCACAACUUUGUCUCCAUCCACAACCACCCCUCCCCAAACCACAACAACCACAACCACAGUAUCCAUAGAAACCUCUGCAGCAUCUCCCAGCACCACAGCCAUGAAAACAUCUAAAGAAUUGCCAGCCCCUGAAAAAGAUCCCAGUGCCCUGGCUGAUCAGACUGCAACUGACCAUGCAGUUAUCGGUGGAGUAGUAGCUGUUGUUGUCUUCAUCACCCUGUGUUUAAUAAUUGUACUUGGUCGAUACCUUGCAAGACAUAAAGGAACAUAUUUAACAAACGAAGCAAAAGGUGCUGAAGAUGCCCCAGAUGCAGACACAGCCAUCAUCAAUGCAGAAGGCAACCAAGCCAAUGCAGAUGAAAAAAAAGAGUAUUUUAUUUAGCUAAGGGCUCCAUUUAUGCUUACUGGAGUUGCUGCUAGUGAAAACCGGCAAUUAACAAUGCCCAUACUUCUAUAAUUACUGAUUGUGCCCCGGUACAAUGUUUUUAUUUUUUUUAUCCUGCACACCACCGUUAAUAGCCGUUUUUUACAAGCAACCAGCUGCUGAAGACAUCGCCUUUUUUAUUUAAAUCUUUUCUGUAUAACAAGAGCCUCUGAGUGAGAUAUAAUCAAUUUGCUUACACGGUGCAUAAAUAUACAGACAUAUGUUUAACUUUGAUGGGUUGAUUUAUGUUUUAAAUGUAGUUUUUUUUUUUUUUUUUUUUUUUUUCAGGGAGCAAUGUAUGAUGUCAUAAAUAGCAUAUUUAAUGCUGACAGAUUGUAGAUUAGUGAAUUAGACUUCACAUUCAUCUGUAUCUUACAAAUGAGUUAAAAACAUUCCUACUGAAACUUGUACAUAUUUUAGAAAUGAAAAAACAAGUUUGGACGCUUAAGCGAUGAAGGUCCCCGUGUGUCUUUUUCUCUUAGAAACUUUUUUUUUUUUGUCAACAAACCACUUAAAAAAAGCCAUGAAACAGACAUGGGCUGUUUUAUUUGACAUAAGGGUUUGUAGAGGUACAAAUAUAAGAGAACAAAGUAAAAUAUUUGAUUUAUAAGGUAAGAUAGUAAUAGUACAAAUAUUGUUAGGAUUAGUAGAUAAGCAUUAUUGCUUAAGAUUUGGGACUUGUCAUCUGAUCAGCAUUUGAAACUAGUUAACUGUAUUAUAGUUUAUAUGAUAGCAUGUUACAUUAAAGAUCCCAGUAGUGUUUAUCAAUUUAAGCUCACAGAAAACCAUGUGUUAAAGGAGAUGUGACUAUUUGGACACCAAAAAGCAUAAUCUACAACAAGCCUUCUAUGUUGAAUUGCAUCUUAAUAACUAUUUACUUUUUAUGUCUGUAUAUUCCAGCACUGUUUAGUUAUAGGUUUUUCUUGUCUUAAUUUGUUAAAAACUGGAAGCACAAAAUUAUAAGGAGAAACAGUAUUAAGCUACCAGCCCACAUACUGCCUCAGGAUUAGGCUGUGAAAUGAGAUUGUUUUAAAUUUGCUGUCCUGUUUCAGGCCAGUUAACACUGCUGUACACCGAGAAUUGAUUAUCAAAUUAUUCCAUAUCCACUUGGAACAAAAUCAUGAUAUUUGAACUAAACAUUUGAAAAACACUUUUUUUCUUUAUAUAAUGAGUAAGCUCCCUUGUUAAUAAAGCUGUAUAUUAUGUCUGCUAAAUGUAGUUAAUAGUGAAAAUUGAUGUUAGACUUUGAAUCUCUCAUACCCUAAAUUUGUAUAUUAGCCAAUUUAUCUAUUGAAAAUAAUCUAUACAUAUUUUCAAUUUAUCUAUCAUUUGUCAUUGCUCAUAUUUAAAAAUGCAUUUUUUUUCAAAGGCAUGUACAUACUGUGUAAGUACUAAAAUGUAGUAAUACAGAGUCGUUGUUGUUUUGUUUGUUUCAACUGUUCUGCAAAUCCAUUCAAGUCUUAAGCUUUUGUUUUUUUGAAAGAGGGUAUUACCAUAAAGAGCAUUAAUAUCCCCUGGUCAUGCUUGUAAAUGCUGCUGCAUUAGAUCAGGUGGAAAUUAUUAAACCCUGGUCUAGCAGCGUGAUUGGGAUCACUUCCAAAUAGUGGGUGAAACAGAAAUGACAUGUUCUAAAAAUUCCAACGCUGCCAAUACAAAAAGCUAUCUCCAACAGUCAACACAGAACCUGAUUGCCAUGAAGGCAUUGUCAUGCAAGCAACUUCUGUUUACAUCAACAAGCGGGACACUUGUUUCCAGCGUGCUGCCUUUUGUGACUAUGUUGGUCAACAUGCUGUCAACAACUUGAUAACAACCAGCAACCUGUUGCCCAGUUUAGGACACUGUUCUAUUUUGCUGGCAACACACUCAAUACAAGCCAAUCAUAUUUGAUGUUAAUGUCACAUGGUAAAUUUGCUUUUAUAUUUUUUUACAUUCAGUGUCAAUAACUCCCAUUGUUCUGAAUAUGAAAGCAUAAUUUGAUGUAAUGAGUAAUUGAGCCUAUUAGCAGUUACGCUUCUACCUCACCAUUAGAAUGAAGCACCUGUCUUGUGAUUAAUCCUGGUAAAUAAAACAACUUAAUAAAUCAUGGUACAUCAUUAAGUCAAUGUGACAAAUACUGCAGCUGAUUCUAUAGUAUUAUGUUUUGAUUUUUCUAUAUUUUAAUUUCUAUAUGUUUAUAACACAUUCAUGUUUAACCCUUUGUCGACUGUGAAAAUUCUACCCUUUUGAGGUCUGACUGACCUCAAAAGGGCAAGCAGUGCUACGCCUUUCUAAAAUGCUAAAGGUAUGAAGAUUACUAAGAAAACAGUGUUUUUACUCUAAGGUGAAGUAUACACUAUGAUGACUUUGUUUUGAAAAUGUUAUUUUCUUUUAGAAAACAAGUCCCCAUAAGUGUCAUUUAGUGCUCUCCAACAUAAAAUACUGUAAGAUUACCAGUGGUAGCCACAACCCUCAGGAACUAGGAUCAGAUUUAGAUUUUACACCAAAUUGUUUGACGGGUGCUCAGGCUUGUCUACAUCAGAUUCUUUACUAGAAAAUGCCUUUUGAUUGGGGAGUCAUCUCUGAAGUUUCUCCUAUGAAUAUUUCACUACAGUCAAUAUUUAGUUAAUUUAUUUUUGAGUUAAUACAAAUUUUGGACGAUCUAGUAUGAUUUCUAGUAAGCUUUGUACUGGUGAUUGCCGAAAUUUACUUUAGUUUUGAAACUUGUUGUUUUGGCUAUAAUUUAAUUAAACCAUCCCUGACUGGUUGUUGAUGCUUUUGGAGAAGUCUGUCAUUUGGCUGUCUGAAAAGUCUUUCAUCAUCUUGUUCAUCUAAAAUCGUCAAUAUUAAAUCAUCAGCAGCGGCUUUUCUUCACUUUAAGUUUUAUUCAUGUCACAUAUAAAAUGAAUAAUGAUUGGUUCACAUUGCCAGAAUGUUGGCACCUUGUUGACAGCAAGUCAGUAAUUACAAGGCAACAAAAGGCGGUCUUGUGGCCAUAAACAAAGUUGCUUGUGUGCCCAGGCCUUUAGGCAUGCAAAGCUAUUAGAAGGAAUAGUAAUCUGAACAGCACUGUCCUCUCUUUACUUUUUUAAAGUUCCUAACAAUAGAAGUACGUGUUUGCCAAAAACACAGAACAAUGAUAUCUUGGUAUGAUUUCAAAACAAACACUGCAGAACUGUCCCUGAAUAAACAUGAUUAUAUGCUUUUUUCAAACUGUACUGAGCAUGUUACCUUAUAAAGUUCAAUAAUAUCUGGAAGUAAGAAAAAAAGGUACAAAACCAUGUACAUUCAUUCAUGGGAUAUCAAACAAACACAGACUAAACAAAUUGGGAAAACACCCAAUGACCUUUUUUCAUUGGCACUAUAACAGGACCAUUAACGUCUGUUUGUUUAGAAUCCUCUUCUUUACAACAGCGACAUCAAUGAAUAUUUAAAAAACAAUCACAACGAUUGCCUCUGUGUUUGUAGUAAACAAUAUUGAUGGCACAUUGAAUAGUUGGCCCUGAAAUGCAAAAUACACUGUUCACCUCAAAAGUUAUUUCAAAGCAGUGAAAACAUUUUAGUGUUGAUACAGUCAAACAUUCUGUACCUUUUUCCUACUCACUCUCUUAUUAGGUAGGUUUUUUUGUUGUUUUUUUUCUGUGUGAAGUGUCGGUGUCUCUACUGUUAAAAUGUCUCCUUUCAAACUUAAUGAUUUGCUAUUAGAAUAUUUUGGUGUAGAGCAGGGGUCUCAAACUCUUGGCCCGCACAGCGCUGCAAUCUGGCCAGCUAAAUAGUUACACAAAAGUAAUUUAAUCUGGCCCGCAUGGCGCUUCAUGCGUAAAACUUAAGUAAACGGUUGUAAAACGUGUGUUGGCGAUGUUGUGCAUUGUUUAUGGUUAGUUCUGUUGCAAUAUAUUGCUACCACUUUAAGAACUGUCUCAUUAACUACCGUAAAUUGACACAGUCCUGGUUUACAGCAGAGAUAAGAAACCAUACAGACCGACAUGUGUUCGGGAGGAGCAGCUGAACUGACAGCUUGGUGAUCCAACAUUUUGUGCCAUAACAAUAGACAAAAGAUCACUGAUCAGAUCUAAACUUUUUUUUUUUUUCUCCGUUGAGUCAGCAUCUGUACAAAAAAAAUGAGUGGCACUGAGACUAUAUGAAUUACUCAUUGUAGAAGUCACUCAAAAUAUAUCGUACAGGGAUCCCCAACAAACGUAAAUGAGCAAAGAAAUGGCUCAGACUAAAAGAAAAAUUGACCAUGAACAGAGGCAAUUUCAAGUAAAGUGGACGGUUGAUUUUCUUUAUGUGGCGUACAAACAGAGUGCGACAUGUUUGAUUUGCAAGGAAAGAGUUGCCGUUUUAAAAAGAGUACAAUAUUAAACAGCACAAUACAACAAAGCAUGCAGAGCAGUAUGAUAACGGGAAGGAGAGAGAGAAGACAGCUUUGCAGUUAAAGAAAGAAUUAGUGUUGCAGCAACAGAUUUUUCAGAAGGUGAAAAAGAGUCAGAGGCAGCAGCUUUGGCAAGUUAUGUGUGUGAGUGAAAUGAUUACUAAGUCUGGGAAGCUGUUCUCUGAUGGUGAAUUUAUUAAAGACUGUAUAAUCAAAGUGUCUGAGGAUGUAUGUCCUGACAGGAGAAACGUUUUUAGCAAUAUUACCCUGUCUGCAAAUACAGUAGCAGAGCGUGUUGUUGAGCUUUCUAAAGAUCUUGAGGAGCAGCUCUGCGAGAAAGGCAAAGCAUUCAGUGCAUACUCUACAGCGCUUGAUGAGAGCACUGAUUUAGUUGAUAGUGCGCAGCUGGCGAUAUUUGUGAGAGGUGUUGAUGAUAACUUUCAAGUCACGGAAGAACUGCUAAGCUUGUCUACAAUGUGCGGUAGAACAACUGCAAGUGAGAUCUUUCAAAACCUUAAAGACGCACUGGAACACGUCGGUCUGCAGUGGCAUUCUUUACCAAGCUUAACAACAGAUGGAGCACCAGCAGUGAUUGGAAAAAAGAAUAGCUUGGUAGCGCUUCUGCAAAAAAAUAUGGAAGAACAAAACACAGAGCAACCAGUAGCAUUACACUGCAUCAUUCACCAGCUGGCACUGUGCAGUAAAUCUUUGAAGCUCGACAACAUUAUGCCUGUUGUUGUGAAAUUGAAGACACAAAAUGGAUGGUGGAUCUUGCUUUCCUUGUUGAUAUCACCCAAGAGUUGAAUAACCUAACCUAAAGCUACAAGGUCCUGGUCAGCUUGUGACAACAGUGUUUGAUGAUGUGAAAGUAUUCACAACUAUACAGAUUUCUCAGAGUAAUCACACUUAUUUCCCAUCAUGCAAGUCACUUCUGGAAGAGCUGGACAUUGAAAUGCAAUUCAGUGGUGCUGAAUACGCUGCUAAACUUGACCUGCUUUUGGAAGAAUUUGAUCAGCGGUUUGCAGAUUUCAGAAAGCAAAGAGUAAUCUUCCAGUUGUUCACUGAACCAUUUUUAGUUGUAUGUGGAAACAGCACCAAGUGAUUUACAGAUGGAGCUCAUCAAGCUCUUCAGUGCAACACACCUCUGAAGAAUAAAUUCAAGGAAGCCCAAGGAGAUUGGCCCUACAUUAGGAUUUCAGGGUCGACAUUGGCGCGCAUGUAAAGUGAGUUUGAGACCCCUGGUGUAGAGUAAAAUGAGCAUAGCUAUUUGAAGAAGCCACACAUGUUUUCUUUAUCCCCACUUUUAUUUUAAAGAAUAAACUAUAAUGAGUAUACAAUGCUUUUCUUUAAGCUAAUGUGUACAAAAAAAUAUUUAUAAAGAUAUCUAAUUUAAUUCUAGCAACACCAUUAAACUUGUUUCUAAUAUUUUGAGUACAUGCUUCAGAUGGAAAUAUUUAUUAUAGCAAAUGUGUUUUCCUGUGGAAAAAAAAGACAGUGUUACUGCAUUUUGAUAGUCUGGUGUUUAAAGAGUAAAAACUGGUUGCAUGAUAUUCAGCAGCACAUAUAAUGUCUUUUUUUUAAUUUUUAUUAAAGCUCUUCCAUUUGAAAAGACUGUACAUGUACCAGUAUGUUCAAACAAAUAAUGGAAACAAGACAUUUUAACAUUCCACACUUAUUCACAAUUUUCAGUACUAACUUCUGUAAGUUUUAAUUUUACUGCCAUAAAAAAAGCUUGUUAAAUAAAUGUAGGCUAGCACGCUUUCUCAUGCAGUGGAGUUUUUGCAUCUCAGGAAUAUGUUUCAGUUGGUUCCCGUAUAGACCUGGGACAUGCUAGCACUUUUAAUCAGCUUGCCCCUGGUUGGUGGAACUGUGGUUUCGUUUGGUUUUAAAUCAUUAAACUGUUAAUAAA